UUAUCUUAUAAUGAAGUUGGUAUACAUUAUACUGUCUAGUUUAUAUUUUUUUUAUUUAGUUCCUGAAUAGUUGUGGGAAAAUAAAAUGUUGCAAUCGCCAAUUUAAAUGUAUCACUUAGAUCUUCAUUAAUGUAUGGAAAGCUCAGCCUAUCGUACUGAUUAUGUCAAUAUUGAUGACAUCGAUAAUGGACAUGGAGGAGUGAUAGUAAGCCGUGACCUCCAUGACAUACAACGGAGAGAACCGACCAUUGAAUCUCUCUCUGAAAUUUUACUGUCGCUGCUCAUUGAUGCUUCUCAUGAAACAGGAAUUGAUGCUGAAGAGUUUAGAAACCGUACAGUCACCCUAAAAAAUCAGGCACUUGAGAUUUUGGCGAAACAAAACUUUAAAGUUUCCAAUGAAAACACCAUUAGUGUCUUGAAAGAGCUGUCAUUGGAUGGUCACAGCGGCAUUAAACUCUCAGUCUUUGUUGAUGGUGCAACUGAGCAACAGUCGAUGACAAUGAUGAACUGUUUGAAGAUACUGAAAACUCUUAUUGACAAUGCCGCUAAACUUGAUCCAAACAGCCGACAGUUUUAUCGCUACAUCGCAGCUAUAGCAGAUGUUGCAAGUAGUUUAACUCAGACAGUCGACAACACCGUUAAUCUGAUCACUGCGCUGGAAAACGGAAAAAGGGAAACAGAAACAAAAAGAGACGUUGAAAAAAGAGGAAUAAAUAUAAAAAUAACUAUCACAAUUGAAUUUAAAUGAGGCUGAAGAAAAAAGAUCAUCUUAUGCAAAGUAAAUUCAAGUUGAUCUGUGGAUUACGUUUAAAGCUAUAUUUUUGAUGUUAGUGUUUUAGAUUUUAAAAAAAUCUAUUAAAAUGAAAUAAUUGCAUUCAAA